ACAAUCUAAUAUCUACGCAACUAAAUUCUAGAAUAAACAUUAAAAGACAAUGAUUUUUCUAAUUUUAGAAAAUUAGUACAUUUACAUCUUCGAGCUUUAGAUGAACUUUACAAUCACGAAUGAACUCGAAUGUGUCGAAUUGUAGUUCGUCUUUUUUAAAAUCCAGAGAAUUUUUACAAGCUCUGGCACCGUGGGAAAGGUACCUGGUCAUAGCCUGUGGGAUCCUGUGUGUCUCUGCCCUUAUCAUCCUUAUAGAGAACAUCGUCUUUAUCUCGCGUCACUAUGGCAACAGUCGGACCAAGGUCACUUCCAUUUGGCUCGUCGGUCUUCCCCCGGUGCUGUCGGUGACGUCACUGCUGGCCAUGAUUGCCCCCAACGUCUUUGUUUUCCGCGAUGUUCUGAUGUCGAUAUGCCUCUCUGUGGUGAUGUAUAAGUUCCUCCAACUUCUCAUCGUCUACGGCAAAAGUUUUCAGCCCAUAAGGGAGCAGAUCCUGUCACAUCGACGACUUCAGUUCAACGUCCAACCUUUGUGUUGUCUGUGUUUCUGUCUGCCCAGUCUUCCCCUCACCAGCACAAAUUUUCGAGUAAUGAAAGCGAUGGUUCUCCAGUAUCCCAUCCUUGUCAUCCUCAUCACAGUCAUCAUCAUGGUUACGUGGUUGGAUGGUGUUUACAUCACAGGGAAAUGGGUCACCGACACCCCCUACCCGUACCUCAGCACGGUGAGGGUGUGCUCAGUGGUGCUGGCUAUUUUUGCUCUCAAUGUCUUCGUCAAGCUGAGCGAGCAGGCCAUGCGUAGCCUACACGUGCGUCAGAAGCACGUGGCACUGAGCGCCUCCAUGUUUCUGUUUAGCGUGCAGGGUUUUACUUUUGAUAUCCUGGCGACUAACAAUGUGUUCCACUCCAAGGGAUGCUACUCUGGUAGUGUCAUGAGCAAUUUUUAUGAAAACGUGACCUACUGUAUCCAGAUGUUUUUUGUCACUUUGCUCAACGUGUGGUCCUACCGUAGACCACUGCCCGCAGACGACCAUACCAACAAUAACAACACAGGCGCAAUAACCUUGCACACUGACGACAGCAAGAUUCAGACCAAUAUCGACAACAACCCACCUACACAGAGGGCAGACGAUCAAAGGGCAGCUACUCGGUCAGAUCAAACAGUUUCAGACAGACUGGACCAUUUAAGUUCUAUUACGGUUCAUUUAUGA